AGCAACACCACUAUUGAUGUGUCAACUUUGAUUUUGGAAAGCAAUGUUUACAGUUGCUUUUGAUUUGAAUUUUUAUAAUUUUUUGUUGUAUUUCGAAUAAAAUAUAAAUGGACGAGUUACGGGGACCGAAUAUUCAGAUUGUCCUGCACGUAAAAGAGGGCUUAGGUUUUGGGUUUCUGCGGUCUCCGUUUAUAGUGAGUGGAUCCCUCAAUGGAUAUAUGUUAGAGACGGACCCUGUAGUACCUUCACAUGCCCCUAUUUUUGACGCCGAACUUGUUUGGGAAGCUGACAAAAGAAGGUUUCGAAGUUUACGAGUACAGAAUGUGCCAGUCAAGGUUGAGGUGCACACGAUGGGCACUCAGGGACGUAAGGACAAAGUGGGGUACCUUCUACUGAGCCUGCUAGGCGCUCAGCCGUGCCCCUCUCAAAGGAAUAUAGAAGUAAAACACUCAUGGCACAGACUCCUUGGUGUAAAGUCUGAAGGCAAAUGCUGUCAUCCACAAUUGCUGAUGAGCCUCUCCGUCGAAGAUAGAAUAAACACACCAACUCCUAGAAACGAGCUACGGAUGUUCCACAGCAAUGAGGUAGCAUUUCCAGCUGCCUGCUUAGCUUCUAAUCCUCCCACUGCUAAAUCUAUGUUGAUGUCUUUGAAAGAAUACAUAUCAGAAAGUAAGAGGGUAGUAUCAUCACCGGACCUUAUACCGCAACUCUUGUGUGACGAGGGACUCAUAAGGAUUGGCGCGGGAAAACAACUGUUUGUGCUCAGCUUUGUGAUUGGUGCUGUUGAGAAUCUAGAUUUGUUGUUACCAGACCGAAAUGCGAAUAGAGAAGUGAACUGCUACGUCACAUAUUCUGUAUUCACUCACAACAUUAGCACGGAUAGGGUAGCAGCAUCUCUGAGCAGUAACGGCGGUUCCCACGUGCAGUUCAACCAGCGCACAUCGCUCCGGCUGGCGUCAGACUUGGCGACACUGAGUCGGUACUUUGCUGAGUGUCCACAUCUGGUCACUAGGGUCUGUGCUGCUGAGAAUGAUGUUGGCAUCUGCAGCAUGGAUCUCCGCAAGCUAAUCCCCACAGAAGACAUUCAGCACUUUGUGGACAAGUUCUGUAACAGUGACGGCGCCCUCACCAUACACGAGAGAUGUUUUAUACUGAGAUGUGACGAUACACCUGCUUUAGACUACGGUCGAAGACCAUUUGUUGAUGUGGAAAUGUCUCUCAAGUAUGUUGGUGUUAAACAAGAAGUACAGAAGAAACCCAACAACCUGACGGCUCGCAGCGCCACUCACCUGGAGAGCGGGCGGCGGCGGGAGGCGGCUCCGCAGGAACACAUCCUGGACUUCCGCGCCGGCAGCUGCACCAACGUCGCGAGGGAUGUGGGAGGAGUUGCUUAUACUAACCUCUCCGCUACUAAUACCGCUAGAUACAAAACAGCAUCGGGCGACACAGUACUACAAUCCAACGAGAUAGCAGAACUGAUAAAGAAGAUGUACGAAUCCUUGACAGUCAGUCAGGAGUUGUUGCAGACCCGCGUCAGACCCACCACUGCUGACAUGCAGGUCCAGUGUGAUACUGACGCCGUGCCCCACUGUGCUAGUGACACCCUGUUGACGUGCCGUAGUGAGAAUAAGCCAGAAAAAUUGGAGACAAGCAAGAGUGACACCUGUAUUACACAUAACGAGAAAGACAUGGUGAAGAUGACGAUCCCAGCGUUAGAGCGCGACGCCAUCAUGCAGAAGUUUGUAGACGAGCUCGAGGACUGGAAGGAGAAACAACAGGAAAUGUUUAAAAGUCAGUUAAAACGCAAAGAAGAAUAUCAUCUAGAACUUCUAGCCAAAGAAUGGGCUAAAAAGCAAGUGGAACUAGAAUGUAAACUAAGUAAAGGCAUAGAGCAAUGUCGCAACUUGGCUGCUGACCUCAGCCGCGCUACCGACGACUUCCGGCUCCGCGGGUACCGGAACACUGAUAGGGAGAAAAAGCUGCACGAAGCGAAGAAGGCUCUAGAAUCUCACUACACUGCCAAGUACCAGGAACUACGUGAAGCCUCGCAGAAGAUGGAGGACGACAUGAACCAUCAGCUCAAGCUGAAGGAUAUGAGGGUCGAAGAGUUAGAGGUUAAGGUGCAGCAGCUGCAGAAACAAGUGGAGUUAUUGAAGAACAAUAUAAAGAACACUGAAAAGGAAUGUGAGAGCCGAUAUUCAGGCCUUACAAAGGAUCAAACUGCGAGUCUCAUACAAGAACUGCGUUACCUAGAAGAGAAGUUAGACAGUGCGGUGCAGUCCAAGUCGUUCUUCAAGGAGCAGUGGGGCCGCGCCGUCAGAGAACUGCAUCUCGUCAAGCUGUCCACGCGCAGGCAGAUGCUGACACAGCUGCAGGAGGACAGGAAACAACUGGGGGAGAUGGGAUUGGAGCCAAUAGAAGACCAAGAUGAAAACAGCGUGAAUUCAAUUCCAGUUGACUUGAAGAAGUUGAAGGACGAUUUCUACGUGGACAUACUCGCUAACACGCCGGCACUCAACACGCAUUCUAUUAUAAAUCCGGCCGGCCCAGAUGAAUUAGGAAUGUAUAAUGAUCUCAAGAACGCCCCAAAAAAUCCGAUGAACGAGAGAAUAAACGAGUUGAUAGCGCAACGCGACCGUCUAGUGCAACAAGACAACCCGGACGAAGAUUUGCUCAAACACCUGAACCAUGAAAUACGAAGUUUACUACUUAACUGUGGUACUUGACCGUAGAUUAUAUUGUCAUUAUAUUUUUCAGUUAAUGGGGUCGGGAUAAGUAUGGGCUAUACUAUUAUAUGGAACCCUACAAUGAGCGUGGUCCGACACGCUCUUGGCUGGUUUUUAUAAUGUAUAUGUAAUUAUGUUCUAAACAAUUAAUACUCAGUAGUGCUGUGCUUUUGAAAAUAAGGCCCAGACAGACCUCAAAGCUCUAAACAACCAAUAAAAUUUGGAUGUUCUACUGAGCGGAGAUAAAAAAUACCGUCUUCAAUAGUACACCUAAAACCUUCACGUAAGUCUGACAAAAAAUGUGCUGGAAACUGCAUUGAAAUAUGUUCAGCCAAAUGUAAGAUAAUCGCACACAAACACAUAAUUUUAGAACCAUUUAUUUAAUUCUAAAUAAUUAUUGAAUUCUACUUCCUACUAAUGAUAUAAAUGUGAAAGUUUGUGAGAAUUUAUGCCAUUGAUGUAUGUUUGUAAUUCUUUCACGCAAAAAUGGCAAAUUGGUAAGUAGAGGUAGAUAGUUGUAUAUACCCUAUAUACCCUGGAUUAACACAUGGUCUACUUUUCAUCAACACAUCACGCGGGCGAAGCCGCGAGCGGAAACUAGUAUACUUAUAAUUUGCUUGAACUAAGGAUUUGUUUGAAUAUCGAAAUUCUAUUGAUUGUUUAAAACCACCGCUUUGGUGGAGUCUGGGCCUAAAUAUUUGUAUACCCCUAAUGAUGUAAUAUCAAUAUACAGUAUACUGAAGUAUGCUCCAUUCAAGUAGGCACUAAACUAAAGGUAAACAGUUUUAAUAUGACUUUUUAUACAAAUACAUAUUAAACAAAUGAAGUGCUCCUUAAAAUAAUGAGUCAAUUGAUUAAAAUACUAGUUAUAGUUAUAGUAUUCCAAUAGAUUUUUAGCAGCAUUUUAUUUUUAAACUGAGUUUUUUAAAUAAAAAAUCAAAUCUAGAUUGUCUAUGUUUAGAUAAGUGCUUACUCAAAGGAGUGUAAUGCAGUGUUUGCCUGGAGUAUAUGUUAUAAAAGGGUUUCCUUAAAUAUAGCAUUAUUACAUUGUGCCAUCAAAAUUCUAACGCAUAUUUGUAGUCUCUCAAAAUGCAAAUGAAUUUAGAGAUAGAUUACGCUAGAUAUAGUAGAGUGUCGAUUAUCUGAACUAAUUGGGGGAAUAGUUGUUCAAAUAUCCUGAUUUGAUUCAAUAAUCGUUUUGAUAUAUGUAGUUCUAUAAUCUUUCGCGACUUGUACACAUAUUUAUACACAAUCGGACUUAUAAUAAUAUUGUAAUUAAGUGCCGAUUCUGUAUAACUUAUUGUGGAUGGAUAGCGAUACAGACAUUCAUUUUUAUAUGAAAGUGAAUCAAAGCUAUGUUUGUAUCCGAAUUUCGCUAUCCUAAAACACCUACUAGCCUCUAACAAUGAAAUCUCGUAUGUAGGCCUAUAUAGGCUUAUGUAGGGCUGAAAUAUGUAGGCACGUUCAUAUCGAUUACGGAUAACCGAUCGUUCGAAUAAUAAUUCACGCUCCAAUGUAACUUGAAUGUUUGUUGUCUAGUUACGGCAAAUCCCACGAAGGCAAGUCCUUAAAAUUAGCGCCAGUAAAAUAGAAAGAUACAAAGGAAAAAAAUCUGGUUGUGGGAAAUGUAACAUAGACAAUUUGCGAUAUAUUUCUCUAUGGUCUUCUCAAACAAGGGGUAGAAAAUUGGGACUCAUAAUACCAUUUAUUUUAAUUAAAAUCGUAAGAUAUUGAUGUUAUUUUUAUCAUGUUUCUUUAACUUGUAGUUAUUAUAAAUAAGAUUUGUUAAAACACAUUUUGUGACUGAUAAAUGAUAAUGUAACAUAAAGAACAAUUUUGUUGCUGAAUAAAAUUUUUGGAAUUGUUGAA